AUGUCCGUUGGGGAGGUAUUACUAGCAGCAUUUGUGGGAUACUGUUUACAAUUAAAAUUGUCAGCUCCUGAGUUGUGGAAGUUUAUAAGCCAAAAAAGCUUACGGAAACAGCUUGUGAAGUGGAAAAAAACAUUACAGAUGCUUCAGGCAGUGGCGGAUAAAGCAGAAGAGAAGCAACUGACAGACCAGACUGUAAUAAUGUGGCUGCAUGAUCUCAGAGAAUUGGCUUAUGAUAUUGAGGACAGUCUCGAUGAGUUUAGCACUACUAAGGUACGAAAACAGAUAGGGGGGAUCACUAGUCUGUGGCCUGAUACUUACGACCGAGUUGCCAAACUUGGUCUCCAAAGGAACCAACAGGGUCCAUCUACAAAUUUAUGGCAAAGAACAGAGAGCAGGUGUUUGCCAAAUGGAGCUGGAAUGUUUGGCAGGGAUGAAGAUACGAAGAAGAUCCUGGAAUUGAUUCUGCACAACGCAACCAAUCACGAUGCCAGUUUUGACGUCAUUCCUAUUGUUGGGAAGGCAGGAGCAGGUAAGCCAACGUACGCUUGCUCAGGUUGUACACAACCACAAAGCUGCUAA